AUGUUAAACCGAUUCCUCACUAACCUCAACAACGUCCAGAAACCCGUUGUUUUCUAUCUAAAAGCUACCAGUGAAGUCUUGAUGGAGAAGGACAACUCUGAGCCUCAACGGGAGCUCCAGAAAAGGUCGACGACGAUGAAUCACCUCAGGCGAUCGAUGUGCAUGCAUUCCGACGUCUGCGAUUGGUCGAGUGGGAAAGCCGCCUCGAAAUGGGGCGGAGUCAGCGGAGGUUGUGAUGCUUGUGGCGUAAUCGCCUUUCACCGUGUUUCGCUGCGUUUCUAUUCAGCAUUCACUUGUCUCCAGCACAUGUUCUGCGGCUGCCUUCAACCACAACUUCCAUCGUCCCCGUUUGAGAACGAAAGAAUGUUGGGUCCAUCGAAGCACAGGCAAAAUGAACCUCAAUCGUUUGUGAACACUUCAAGCAAGGAUGCUAUGGCAAAUCUAGUGGAUCUGGAGGAGAUUGUGCUGAAUUGGGCUAAAUUGAUAUUUGACACUACAAAAACGAAAGCAGAGGCUAAAAUUAAGAAGAAGUAUCUGGCGUUCAAUAUCAACUGGACCAAGUUGUUCCAAGAGUCGAUGGAACCUGAGUACAUAUACCAAGGUGCGAAGGGAAAUGUUGCAGCGCCUAAAGAGGAAAAAGUACUAUUCAAGACGACGUUCACGAACACAACACAACGAGAACAAGAGUAUUCCUUUAAAACAGAACGAUGUACGAGAAGCACAUCGACCGUAAUCAUUGAGAAAGGUGUUUGUCGUGGAAUGGAAGUGGCUCUGAAAUUAAAGACACCUUGUGAGGUCGUUGAGGCUAACGCAGGAUUCCAUCAAGAGGUUCAAUUAAAUCACAUCGGCGAAAACACUAACGAAGAGGAAUUAUGCUGGGGUGUAGAUAGCUGUGUACGGGUACCGCCAUCAUGUGAAACCAUUGCCGAAUUAGUGAUCCUAGAGGAGCAAUGUAAACGAGAUUUCCGAAUCGAUAAUCGAAUGAGUGGAAAGAUUUUAGUUACUGUGACCAAUUUAAAGCUGAACAAUAGUCUCGUCACUGUGAUUGAAGGCAACAUCGCUGACAUUAUCCGUGGUAUGCCCAAUUACGCGUCGAAAGGAUUCACGAUCGAGGGAAAUGUCGUGAAAUACGAAACAAAGGGGACCUGUAUCUUCCGCUAUGGUGUGGAGCAGAAGGUGAAGAUCAACGAGUCCGCUAUACGAAGUUAUUACAAGUGA